AAGAAAUGAAAAAGGCGUGGAUGGUUAGUUAUACUACUGUAGGUGCGUGCAAUGCGCUGGCAAGAUAGACUCGGAGAGCAAGACGUCAUUCACGAGAGUGGAUUAGUCACAGUGACGACAGUGUGAGAAUUCAUCCGAGUCUGUCCGAAUGAUCUACGACGGACCGCCGCAUUCGGCGAUGACACCGAUCUUGUUUCCCCGUUCCUCUCAUCUUUGCUAGACACCUAAAUUAUAUAUACCCAUCUCUUGCUGGUCUAAUUAUUCCUCUUGUCUUUCUCAUACCCCAUAGACUACACGAUGCGCGGCCGUUCGUCGACAGUGUCCCGCACACGCACUCGCUCCGUCUCUUUCUCUGCCCGUCUCGCUCUCGUCCUCGUUAUCAAUCGCGGUCCGACACUCGAGUCUCUCCCCACGGAAAUCUUGCUCGAGAUUAUUCGCAUCGCAGCAACGCUUCCAGCAUCGCGUGACUCAAACAAGUUCGGCGGCAGCACAAGCACUGGCUCUGCCCACCGACUCGUCGACGACGAUAGCAGCAAUAACAGCGAUUUGGUUUUGGUGAAAAAUUUGAAUACCCUGCCACGCUUAGAUCGCCGUACACUCAGAACCCUCGCACUCACCUCCCGCAUCCUCUCCGGUCUUGCACACACCAUCCUUUACGCCCACGUCUCUCUCACAUCUACAAAGCUCGCCACUCUCUACGCACGUACAGUCAUCGACUGCGCGCAUCGCGAUAUCACUCUCGUCUCCACGACGUCACCCGUAUCGCCUACAUCUCCGACAUGCAGUGCAUUCAACGACAUUCCGGCUUUAUUCGCUGGCAAGUUCACUAAUCGUCUUUCUAUCGAAUACCCGUUCCACGAUUAUUCCCCGCGUGCGAUGAAGACGAGGAACACGAUUGCGGAAGUAGAGCGUUUUCACGCUGCUUCGGGUGCGCUUCUCGGGAUUGGCCAGUCCGCUCCGUCCGUGCAGUCUCCUGUCCUUGCGUCGCUUCGGACGCUCGUCAUCGAUUCGUGUAUUCUUGAACAUCAUCUCAGGCAGCAUGCGACUUUGUCAUCAUCAUCAUCAUCAUCAUCAUCACCUUCGACUUCGAGUUUUGCCUUCCCGUUCGUCUCGCCGACACCCUCGGAGCUUAUCUUGCACUCUUACAUCUCCUGGAACCCGUCCUCCCCAUCUUCAUUCUCCCCUCUCGCCCCUCUAUCGGCGCAUCUCACACACCUAAUCGUUGCCGCACCUCCACAGAAAUGGACUCUACCAAGCACAACUCUUUCCGCUCUCGGCGGCGCACCCAACUUAACGUACCUUGCACUCGUACGCCGGGCAAACGCGAACGAAGAUAACGACGAAGACUUCGUCUUGGACGUUGAGCGUAUCCUAUCUGAGAGGGCUGGGCAGUUGAAGAAUUUGGUGUUGGUCAUCGUACCGGAUUCGGGGUUCUCUGCUUGGAAGGAUUCGCAGGCUCCUGUUUCAGAAUCAGACGAGGAUGAAGCCAUGGAAGAUGAAGAAGGGUUUGAUGACUCCAUUCGCACACUUUCGGCUUACCUCUCCCGUACACACAUCUGGUGCCGUCUGUCCUCUUUAAUCUCUCAAGUCACUGCGACGACAGGCACCAAAGUCAACGUCUCCCUCAUCCCCGGUACCUCAUCCGCAUGGACUCGCGCACUCCACCUAAGCUCAAAGGAAGGUGCGAUCUUUUCAAGCAACAUAUUCCACUCUGCCGGCGAUGCAGGGGCAAACCACUCAGAUAAGGAUUUAUGGAGGUGGUCAAGGCGAUUCGAGACGUGGCGUCGAAGCCGACAGUCAAAGGAGCGUGGGCUUCCCUUAACUUGAUCCUUAACGACUUAGAUUUUCUUUUGCUUUCUUCGUUUUCUUACCCGUAUUUCCUAGACUUAGAUACAUACCAUCACUCUAGAUCUUAGAGUAUGAACCUUGUUGACUUUGACACGCUUGCUCGUUCAGGUUGACGAUCGCUACUAGUUAUUACCGCUUAGUGUACUUUUUUCUUAUUCUUCCAAGGUCUCUUUCAUUCGCCUGACGUGAGGCCCCUUGGUACUUCAUGCUUUUGCUAGUCUACUAUUCGUUCUUUCGUAUACUAGAUUAAUAUCAUGACAUGUUUAUCUUCACAGU